UGAGCAUGCUGCAGCUUCUGAAUUUGGGGACUACACAAUUCCAAGACAAAUGGAUAAAGACAUACAUGAGGAGCUUCCCUACACAGCGGGUGUAUUCAUGGGCAAUGUAAUCCGGAACUGUUGGCAUCGGGGCGGGUAUCAGAGGAUGCAAGAUGUCUGCAGCGCGCUCUCGGAACUCUCGGAGCGCCAUCUCUCGGGUUUAGUCUUAAGCACUAUGACAGGAAACGACUCCAGAUACCGCUCUUUCUAUGUUGACGGUGAAGAACUGGUUCCACCCUCAUCUGUUUCAUCUUUGUUUUGUCCCCGUGGUUGUGGUUGCGGCUGUCUCGCUGGUAUAUCUUACCCUCCACCAAGAUUUCUACAAAGCGCCUAGGCCUGACUUAUAAGACGCUGGACAGAGAUUUGAGAUACAAGGUAGAAAGGAGUCUAGUCGGUUGUAUUGUAUAUACUAUUGACUAAUCAUACAAUGCCCAAGAGAUCCUAGCGAAAAAAAUCUUUCUCCUGCUUCGAGAGAAAUUGUC